GAUGUGACUCUUGGUCCUUGGCUGGGUGCCCCGAGCCAUGGCCGACACCAUCUUCAGCAGUGGGAAUGACCAGUGGGUUUGCCCCAACGACCGGCAGCUUGCCCUACGAGCGAAGCUGCAGACAGGCUGGUCCGUGCACACCUACCAGACGGAGAAGCAGAGGAGGAGCCAGUGCCUCAAGCCGGCAGAGGUGGAGGCCAUCCUGCAGGUCAUCCAGAGGGCCGAGAGGCUCGAUAUCAUGGAGCAGCAGAGGAUCGGGCGGCUGGUGGAGCGGCUGGAGACCAUGAGGCGGAACGUGAUGGGCAACGGCUUCUCCCAGUGUCUGCUCUGCGGGGAGGUGCUGGGCCUUCUGGGCAGCUCAUCAGUGUUCUGCAGAGACUGCAGGAAGAAAGUCUGCACCAAAUGUGGGAUCGAGGCCUCCCCCGGCCAGAAGCGGCCCCUGUGGCUGUGUAAGAUCUGCAGUGAGCAGAGAGAGGUCUGGAAGAGGUCGGGUGCCUGGUUCUACAAAGGGCUCCCCAAGUAUAUCCUGCCCCUGAAGACCCCUGGCCGGGCUGAUGAUCCCCACUUCCGACCUAUGCCAGUGGAGCCAGCCGAGCGAGAGCCCAGAAGCACUGAGACCAGUCAUGUCUACACCUGGGCCCGAGGGAGAGUGAUUUCCAGCGACACUGACAGCGACUCAGAUCUCAGCUCCUCCAGCCUGGAUGACAGACUCCUGCCCACUGGGGUCAGAGACCCAAAAGACAACAAACCCUGGGGGGAAUCAGGUGGCAGCACGGAGUCCCCCAGGAUGGGGCCGGCCCACCUGCCGAGCCACCUCUCUGGGAGCCAGAGCAGCCUGGCCAGCGAGACCGGGGCGGGCUCUGCAGACUCACAGGGGGGCACCCUGCCCCGGCCUGACCCAAAGGGCACAGGCAAAAGACACACCUGGGCGAGUCCCCGCUGCUGA